AUGACGAUGACGCGCCGCGGACUUCCUGCUCGUGCCUUCUUCAUGACAAUGUGGGAAGUCCCUCUCGACGUCACGCCUGCCAUGCGUUACGAUAAUUGGGAUGUCAUCCUCUUCCCUAGAGACUCUCCAAUUCCGAUUCAGGAGUUCAAGACGGCUUGCUAUGUCUCGCCGGACGAACUUGGUCGUCAGCUCCCUACCUUGACCUGCUACAUUGGCGCCCUUCCUCCAUCGACUCCGUUUCGCAUCUCUAUCCACUCGUGGGCCCCACAAGCGAAGCCUUCGCCCAUCAUCGAGGCUCGGAGAAAAAACAAUCAGAAAGUAGUGUAUACGGUUCAGGUCAUUGUGGAUGGGGCAAGACUUUUCCAUGAUUUCUACGAAAUAGCUUCCAAGUGGCCACAAGAUAUUGCACACGAGAAACGAUCCAUCACUGCCGUUGAACAGAUUACCAGCCAACGGAAGGCAUCUCUCGAGUUCCCACCCUUCCAUCAGAAGAUUCUUAUGCAAAAUUCAUGGGACGCGCGCGAUGCCAAUGGCAGGAUCAAAGUCAUUCUUUCCGAACAGUUGAUCAGCAAGACGCCGCACAGUCCUGGAGAGUUGGAUUUUGGUGCCUCUAAUGAGAUUGUCUGCUUCUCGUUCCAACAUGCUCCAAAGGAAGUACUUGAGCAAGCCGGCAUCUCAUGGCCGAUACACAACCCACUGUUCCUUCUUCCUACGAGUGAUAGAGUCGAUAUAUCAUCGCAGGCACUGCCGUCUUUGCCACGGGUCACGAAGACACGUACUACAGCACCAGAGUCGCGGAUGCAGUCACCACUUUCACAUCAGCCUAGGUCAAAAUUCCCGAGGUCCAGGAACAAUGAGCCACUCCAGAGACCUAAUACCCAACCACCACCAUUCUCGCAAUUUCCCAAGCCGCCAACGGGCGCAAGAGGAAGCGGCCAUGCCGGUAUAUGGGACGAUUCGUUUGGAUCAUUCGGCGACAGUGCUGAUGAUAUCAGUAUGGAUACUUGGUCAACGAGGCGGAGCAAUUCUAUGACUGGAGGAGACAUGGCGAUGAGUGACUACAUGUUCGCACCGAUGUAUCCGCCAGAAUAUGGUCCACCUUGGGGACGCCAUAUGCAGUACGAUCAAAGUGUCAAUCCAGGAUGGGAUGAUCAUCUGUCAAGAAAGCAAAGGAAAGAUAGGGAUGUCGUGGUGACGCUUCGAGACGAUCAGCUUGGGCAAAUCAUCGAGGCCAUCAGUCCCUCCAAAACGAACCGAGAGGGACCGCCACACGACUUUGGAGACCAACGUCACAACCACGAUGCCCACCCACCACCCGCCCACACUUACUAUCCGCCAAAGAUGGGAAAUGUUCCUCUCGGCAGCCGUCCCUCUUCUGCCGCACUUGCACGUACGUUAUCUCGUGCUGAGUUCAACAACAGCUUGCGGAAUGUCUCGAGCAAGCUAUCGCCAGACAAAACGACGUCUGGGGAGCCACACAAGAACAAACCACCAUCGAUGUAUCACCCCUCGUUCUCCAGCAACAAGGAGAAUCGCCCUCCCUCUCAGUCACGUUUACCAACACCUUUUGCCGUUGCCAACCGUGUCCCAACCCCGAACCCCUUCGUCUGUGGGAUGCCGACUUGGGAUUCAGACAUCGAGAUGCGAGAUCCAUCCUCAGUAUUCUCCAGUCUCACUCGAUUCGAGCGAAGUGGAGCACUUCCACCAUCGCACUUAGAUAAGCUUGGCCCAGCCCAUGCACCCUCAGUCAGUGGCAACGUAAAAAGCAGGAAAGAAGGUCAGGGAUACGACUCGCCCAACCUGCCAGACCAAGGUAUUCGCCACGACCAGAGCCUGCUUCCAGCUAUCAGCAUCGACCCCGGCCUAACGCAGAAGAAGACCGGCAAAGGCGUACACAACACCCCCGGACUCAACUCGUCGAAAUACGUGGAAAUCAUCGACGUCGACGCCAUCGACCCCAAUCUGAGUACCAACGACGGCCCGCACGACCCCUCGAAACUCUCCCCGUUCAAACCCAGCCACAAGUCCGGUAUGUCGAGCAUAGACAGCACCGGGCGUCUCGAGCGCCAGCUUUUCAGCGCCUUGGGCGAGGAGCUCGCUGCCUUCGACGACGAUAUUGACACGCCGGGCAUGGGACCGGAGCUUGCGCAGGCAAUGGCCGGAUCGACGGCGCAUUCUGAGCUGAGUGGAAGUACCAUGUUGAAUCCCGCGGCGGGGGAGUUUGAGCCCGUGAAGAGGAAGAGGCAGGGUACGUUUGGGGCGGAGCGGGAUCGUAGCCCGUUGACUAAGAAGGAGAAGGCUAGGCAGAUGGGGUUGGAGGAGCUGGAGGAGCAGAGGGUUGUGCCGCGGUUGAGAGGUGAUUGA